GCAAUGUCAAGAAAAAAAAAUGGAGGACCAAGGGCUAUAGAUGGAGGACUCAUAGUGCAAUUUUCCAAUAGAACGUCUUUAAUGUGGGGCAGCAAAGGAGGAAACGCGUCGCCUCCUUGAAGCGCCACAAGCUUGGGUGAGCCACCGCGCACCCGCGACGAGGGGGAGAGAGACAGCAUAUUGGAGUCCAUCUUAUAGAUCGUGGUGGCUGUUGAGCGUUGAGGCACGGUAAAUUGAAGCGUCUUUGACUACAUAUGGAGAAAAUGGGAGCCGGCAAUUCCGAAUUUGAAGAUCUGUUCGAGGAGAAAAAGCGCGUCAAAAAUCCCCUCGUCCCAAUCGGUGCACUGAUUACAGCUGGAGUGCUUACAGCAGGACUGAUUAGCUUCAGGCGGGGAAAUUCACAUUUAGGUCAAAAGCUAAUGAGAGCUCGUGUGGUCGUCCAAGGCGCGACUAUUGCCCUUAUGGUUGGGACUGCUUAUUACUAUGGGGAGAAAUUUUAACUUGUACUAGAGUAUGAACUGCCAAUGAUUACCAUGUUCAUUCAUAUAGUGUACUAGUUGAAGGGUCCUUAAAAUGUGUUCUGAUUGUGUUAAUGAGUUUUAGAGUUACUCGGUUGAAUGAAUCAAUGUUUGUUUGAUAUGCCA